UUCGUGUUAAGCUAUAUGUGUGAUAUAUUUGGGAAGAAGAAGAUUCAAGCUCAAUCCUCCGCACUCAAGCUCAAUCGUCUCCUGCUUUCUUCUUCUUCUUGCUUCUUUCUACAUUAGUGUUAACUUAACGGUUCUCAUUUGGCUUAAAGCUCAUCAGUAACAAUGGCGGUGACCCUACGCCGCCUUCUCACAAUAACUCCAAAAACCCCAAACAUUUCCCCCUUUCUCUCAUCAUCUUCCCAACCCACUUUUUCUUCCUCACAAACUCAAAACCCAGAAAACCUAAACCCACCAUUACCAGAGCCCCAAAUCCCUAACUACCCAAUCGCAUCCCGAACCAGAACCCCACUCGAGAAGCAAUUCGAGACAUGGGUUCAGAUUUUGAAACCUGGGUUUUCACCUCUCCAAGUAAGCGACGCCUUAUGGGCUCAAUCGGACCCAGAUCUCGCCUUCGACAUCUUCCGCUGGACUGCCCAACAGCGCGGUUACAAGCACAACCACCUCACUUACCUCACCAUGAUCAAGAUUCUAAUCGAAGGGAAGCGAUUCAGCAAUGCAGAGACCUUGGUGGAUGAGGUAAUGGCAGGAGCUUGUGAAAUGAGUGUGCCUCUUUACAAUUCAAUGAUUAGAUUUUGCUGCAAUAGAAAGUUCUUGUUCAAUCGUGCUUUUGAUGUGUAUAAGAAAAUGAUAAACUCAGAAGAUUGUAAGCCAAAUCUUGAAACUUACAAUAUGUUGUUUAACUCAUUACUUAGAAGAUUCAACAAGUUAAAUGUCUGUUAUGUUUACUUAAGAGCUGUUAGAUCAUUGACGAAGCAAAUGAAAGCUUCUGGUGUGAUUCCUGAUGCUUUUGUGUUGAACAUGAUCAUCAAGGCUUAUUCAAAAUGUCUUGAAUUGGAUGAAGCCAUUAGGGUAUUUCAUGAGAUGGGGUUGUAUAAAUGUGAGCCAAAUGCUUAUACUUAUGGCUAUAUUACCAAAGGGUUGUGUGAGAAGGGAAGGGUUAGUCAAGGUUUUGGAUUUUAUAAGGAAAUGAAGGAUAAAGGGUUGGUUCCUAGUGGGAGUACUUUCAUGAUUGUUAUAUGCAGUUUGGCUAUGGAUAGAAGAUUUGAUGAAGCAACUGAGGUUGUUUUUGACAUGUUGGGUUGUUCUAUGUCUCCUGAUUUUUUGACUUAUAAGACUUUGUUGGAAGGGUUGUGUCGAGAUGGGAAAGGUGAUGAAGCUUUGAAACUUGCUGAGGAGUUUAGACAGAAAGAUGGUUUGAUGACCACAAAGACUUACAAUAAUUUGCUGGAUUUAUUGCAUUUUAAAAAGUCUUGAUGAGAUUCAAAUGUUGUUCAAAUACAGAUGAUAUUUGAGUUCAAGUUCAAUGGAGAAUAUGCUUAUGCCUCA